AUGGCGCCGUCUGCUGGUUACACUAGCAUCCCAGCUUUUCUGUGCCUCAUAUUUGUCUGGGCAACCACUGCCUCGGGAACUCCAAAGGAUAUAUUUACUGAAGAAUUAUUUAUAAAACCAUUAUCUCGUGGUUAUGUAUAUUCGCAUUUUCAGUUUACUACGAAAUGGAACGCAUCGAUUCACGAUUCCAACACUUUUCGCCAUUAUCGACUUUUCCCGAAAGCUCUGGGAGAAGUCUUGGCCAAAUAUGGUGUACAGGAGUUGCACUUGUCUCAAACCCAGGGCCUGUGGCGACACAAGUUCUGGGGCUACCCAGUUCACGAUGCCCCACCAGGUGCGGAGUUAUGGGUAUGGUUUAAACCCACGGUCAAAGAUAUUGACAGGGCAUGGACGGAGUUGGUCAAUGCUGUGUCUGGUCUCUUCUGCUCCUCCCUCAAUUUCCUGGACUCAAAGAACACUGUUGUUCCGCAGUGGAGUUACCGACCUCAAGGUACUGCUGCUCCAGGUUACUCCACAUUCUCUUACCAUGUGCGGUAUGGGGCUUUGCCUCGGGAGAUUGUGUGCACAGAGAAUCUGACUCCCUGGAAGAAGCUGCUGCCCUGUGAUUCAAAGGCCGGACUGUCCACGUUGUUUAACGCCUUCCACUUCCACGAUGCCAGCUACCACUCUCUUGGACUACAUAUUCGCCCUGUGUGCGCUGAUGUUGAUUGUACGGAGGAAGCCAUUGAACUUAGCCAGAGUCUGAGUGUGGUCACAGAUGUCAUCAGUACAAGCCACACUGGCACACCUAACUGGAGCUUGCGCAGCCUCUUUGGGAAUCACCUGGCCUCCACCUGUCCUGUGGCAGCCAAGAGCACUAUUUUUGUGGAGCUGACUAAAAAUGAGGACUCGCACAUGUACAGGCUGACCCCUGACCCUUCAUCGACUGAGAAAGUCACCAGAGGUCCCGACCAGCACACAUACGCAGUGUAUGAUGUGCAGUCGUUGAUGAAGUCAGGCCGAGUGUUGAACAUCGCAGCCACAUUUAGGGAUCCUCCAGUUUUGUUGAGUGUGGAACCUCCACCCAUACACGUCCAUCGGUACAUUACUGGUUACGGCUUGGACAAAGGCGGCAUAUCCUGUCUUAUCUAUAACAACAUGGUAGUUAAUCAGAGCAUCAUAUACCUGGAUGUCCUGCCCUGGUUCACCAGGGUCUUCUUUAACUCACUGACUGUCACCAACAACGGCACCAGGCUUCCUUUUAAAGUUCACUACGUGCCAGGGAAAGACAGGUCAAGACCACACCAGCUGGAGCUGAGUUUCAACCUUUGGCCUCAUUCUGUCACCCAAGUGUCCUUCACAUUCACUCGAGCUUUCUUGAAGUGGACCGAGUAUCCACCUGAUGCCAACCAUGGUUUUUAUAUCGACUCUGCAACCAUCACGGCUAUCCUGGCAACAUCCAGGGGCUAUACAGCCACACCCCAACAUUCCUCCUGCCUGGAGUCUAUCAUGACAGACAACUCCAGCAGAUUUCCCGUGCGUUUACACACAGAAAGUUUGCUGGUGUCCCUGCCGACCCCAGACUUCUCCAUGCCUUACAAUGUCAUCUGUUUGGCCUGUACCGUGGUGGCCAUCGCCUUCGGGAGUGUACACAACCUGACCACAAGAAGAUUUGAGAAGCUUGACCCAUCAGCAAAGAAGGGUAUCCUAACCAAGGUCAAGGGCUUUUUAAGCAAGUUACGGUCAAAGAAAGCUUCUCCGGAGAAGCAGACUAACAACGCAAGUCAUCCAGAAGACACAGAUACUUCGGAUAAUCAAAACGAGCUGAAGAAUGAGAACAGUUCCGCAAAAUCUAGUAGUUGA